CUCUGCCAUGACUCAGCAUCUGAGCAGAGCUGCAGGUCAAUAAAGUCUGAUGAGCAUCAAUGCACUUAUCCACUCAUUCGUAAGGAACUGCAGAAGGAAGGGAAGGAAGGACAUGUUUUAACGUUUUUCCACAUCUUGGGAAUUACAACACUUCAUGAAGCAUGGAUCUGUUUCGUGGCUUAUUUGUGAAACUGGACCAGGACCAGGACGGUUUCAUAUCGGUGACAGAACUCCACGAUGAAAUGACCAAACAUGGGAUCAACUCAGCAAAUGAAAAGGUCCAGAAUAUUGUGGAUUCUUAUGACACAAACAAAGAUGGCCUGCUGGAUUAUAAAGAGUUUCUCAGCUAUAUGAAGGACAGAGAGAGGAAGUGGAAAAUUCACUUUCAUGACCUUGACAAGAACAAGUGUGGGGUGAUUGACCAGGAGGACAUCAUAAGUUUGUUUAAGGAUAUAGGAGUGGUCAUUUCAAAGCCGAAUGCAAAAAAAAUUAUACAAAUGAUGGAUAAGGACAGUUCCAUGACGGUGGAUUGGGAUGAAUUCCUGCACUAUAUCAUCCUCAACCCUGUGGAGAACAUCGGUGAGCUGGUGUCCUCCUGGAAACACAAUCUGGUUUUUGACGUGGGUGAGAGUCGAGCCAUGCCCAUCGAGUUUCCGGAGGGGGCGUCCGGUUUUGGUGCUUGGAGGACGUAUGUUCUGGCAGCAGGACUGGCAGAUACUGUGUCCAGGACGGUGACGGCACCCAUAGACCGCCUAAAAACCCAGCUUCAGAUCCAGGGGUCCAAGGCUAUGACCCAAGGCUUUCAGGAGAUGAGAGCGUACAAUCUGCGGUCGAUGUGGCAAGGCAACACUGUCAACGUGCUGAAAGGGACACCACAGUCCACGCUGCAAUGUCUCAUCUAUGCACAGAUGAAAGUUUACACCCAAGACAGAACCCGGGAGACUCUGACGGUGCAGCAGCGCUUUGGCUUGGGUUGCGUCUCUGGUGCCGUUGCUCAUGCCGUCUUCUACCCAUUAGAGGUGUUGAAGGUGAGGCUGAACCUGCAGCAAGCCGGCACGUAUCACGGCGUCAUCGCGGGCGCACGUUCAAUUUACAGACAGGAGUCCUUGUCCUCCUUUUACAGAGGUUUCAAACCCAGCAUCCUCUGUAUGAUCCCUUACGCAGGUGUGGAGUGUGCAGUUCACCAGUCAAUCAUGAACUGGGCAAAGAGUGAUCCAGCCUACAACAGUGACUCCAAACUGUUUUUCUUCAGCUUUGUGGCCUUUGCUUCUGGACAAAUGAGUAGUUACCCACUGGCGGUAAUCCGAACUCAUCAACAAGCUCAGGCUUUCAUCUCUAAUUCACGCCAGGCCUCAGGUAUUUUACCAGGACUCAUUGGCAUAUAUGAGAGAAAUGGCUUUAAAGGCUUUUAUAAUGGCAUGGGAGCCAGCUUCGUCAGGGCCGUUCCGUGUGCGCUGAUCAACUACACUCUGACGAGGAAGUUUGAAGAUCUGUUUUCUUCUAUGGAGUUCUGAGGGACGCAGAGAAACAAAUGUGACUGUUAUUAAUGUUAUUUAAGACUCCAAAAGUAACUUUUAUCCUGAGAAACGGCUGAAGCAGGACUUGUUUUUUUUAUUAUACUUUUUUCAGUUUUUAAUUCUCUCAGAUUAAAAGAAUGAAGCCAAUGCAAUCGGAUUUCUUAAUCCAGUAAACCUUGAAAAAGCAGUAUUGACUUGUCAGAUAACGUCACAAAGUGAGAUAAUUGGCCACUUUAAAAGCAUCGUUUUAACAAGUUAAUGCAUCGUAUUGUUCAAUAAAGUUCUGGUGAAAUUCAGGGAUCAGACUGUUUCCCUGAUUUUCCCUGAAUUUACAAUAAUGUCAUUUUUUGUUUGAAUUUUGUUUUAAAUGUUCAUUAUUACAAAAAAGGAAACACUGUGAUUUAUAUGAAUUUUGAUCUUGAACCAGGUGUUAGUUUUCUUAAAGUGUGUGAGUGUGUGUGAGAGUGAGUGUCUCCUUCACCAGUCAUCUUUGACAGUCUGAUCUAGCAAAUUUUAUUGAUAUUUGAAUUCCUGAUUAUGACAGAGAGGACUAAAGUCACAAAUGUGAAACAUGAAGGUUCAGUCAGACAGAAAGAUAAGACAGUGAUUGCUGAAGUGUUUGUGUGAUGUGUCUUAGUAUGAAAAUGAAUGUGGGGUGAAUUGUGUGGCAGUAAAAAGACUAACUUCUAA